AUGGCGGCUUCUCUUAACAAAAUUGAAAUCCAGAGCGGCGCAUCUGCAUCGUUUUGGUAUGAUGAUUGGUCGAGUUUGGGGAGGCUCAUCGAUAUUGUGGGCAAUGGAGGAUGUAUGGCUAUGGGUAUCCACAAGUACGACACAGUGGAAAGAGCAAUACAAGUUCAUCGAAGGAGGAGACAUCGAACUGAUGUGUUGAAUAAGAUAGAAGAGGAGAUUCACAAAUUGCGCACUAAAGGUCUCACAAGUGCAGAGGACAUCAAUCUCUGGAAGUGUAGAGAAAACACAUACUUGCCAAAGUUCAGCACGUCUCAAACCUGGAGGAUCACUCGCACGGUUCACACGACUGUUGCUUGGUACAAGAGUCUAUGGUUUGCGAAAGCAACACCAAAGUACUCUUUUCUGACGUGGCUCGCUGUCCAUGACAGACUCGCAACUGGGGAGAGGAUGAAGAGAUGGAAUACAUCGACAUAUGCUACUUGCCCUCUCUGUCAGGAACCUAACGAAUCGAGAAGCCACCUUUUUUCCAGUGUUCUUACUCUGAGACCAUCUGGAGAGGAUUAG